UGGGAAUUCUAUUGUUUUACAACUAUCAUCCCUCUUGUUUUUUUACCAGUCAGCCAGGUACACUAGCAACCCUAAAAGCAAUUUAAUUUAUAUAACUAAUGGAAGUCUAUGAUAUCAUCGAAUUAUAGUCACCUAUAUUCAUCAAAUCUAACAAUGUCAAGUAAACAACUCCUCUUCGCAGCAAUUACAUGCGAUAUAUACACCUACCUACCUCAUAAAUAUUCGGAAGUCCGAAGUAAACAUGGAUCGCCACAACUUUACCUCUCGCUGCUUGAUAAAGCUAUUGCUAUCUUAAACGGGUUAUUCCAUACCAGGUAAACUUUAUCAUCGCUACAUCACGUUAUGUUGGCCGAGUGCAAUCUUAGCUGUAUAUACGCAUUAAGAAACUUACCCUAAGGCCUGGCCCUCGCUAUGGCUUAUGACUACGCCCUCGUACAUCUAAAGUACACCAUACCGCCGGCUUGUCUUCUCACCUUCAUACUGAAGCCGCUUCUCACCAAGCUUGACUUGUAUAAAACAUUUAUCCUAAUACUAAUCGCUUUCUUCACAACAAUUCCCUGGGAUUCGUAUCUCAUACGUCAUGGCAUAUGGACAUACCCCCCUGACGCCAUCGCCGGACCGUGUCUUUUCGGAAUUCCACUUGAGGAGUUGUUCUUCUUUGUUAUACAGACUUACAUAACCUCUAUGCUCUACAUCUUACUCAAUAAGCCUGUUCUUCACGCCCAAUUUCUCACGAAUAAGAACGACUCCUCACCUAAGUCUCGGCGAAUACGGGCAGUGGGCCAAAUCAUCUUAGUAGGAUGUAUCAUUACGAGUAUCUCACUUGUUAAAACUGGAGGCCCGGGAACCUAUCUUGGGCUCAUUUUAAUCUGGGCUUGCCCUGUUGUACUUCUGACAUGGUCGUUCUCUGGCUACUUUUUGAUUGGACUACCGCUUACUUGCGUUGCUCUGCCAAUCAUAAUACCGACAGUGUAUUUAUGGAUCAUCGACGAGCUUGCCCUAGGACGCGGAACAUGGGCUAUCGAGUCUGGUACAAAGCUUGGCUGGUGCCUCUGGGGUAGUUUAGAAUUGGAGGAGGCCCUAUUCUUCCUCUUGACUAAUAUCUUGAUUGUAUUUGGCCUGGUCGCUUUCGAUAGGGGGUUGGCAGUUCUAUACACUUUCCAAGAGCUAUUCCCCGUUAUACCAGAGAUGCCUCCUCCGGGCCUUCUCGCUAAAGCCAUCCUGCUUGAUCCUCUAAAAUACGAUAUGAUACGCGUAAGGGGCAUCAGAGAAGCUGUACAGACAUUGCGGCGGAAGAGCAGGAGUUUCUACUUGGCUAGCUCGGUUUUUCCAGGCAGGCUUCGCAUCGAUUUGAUUCUUCUGUACUCCUUCUGCAGAGUAGCAGAUGACUUGAUAGACGAAUCACACACGGAGAGUGACGGUAUAGUAUGGAUCCAGAAAUUGACCAAUUUCCUCGACCAUGUGUACGGUUCGGAUAAGGCGCCACCGUCUUCGAUGCAUACUAUCAACGACUUCGUAGAAGAAAACUUCCCAGAGUAUGCAAGGUCGGCGCUGACACUACUGCCAACCAAGCCCCUUCGAAGCAAGCCAUUUUAUGAGCUUCUGGAAGGGUUCAAAAUGGACCAUUCUUUCGGCGGGACUGAUUCUAGUCAACGAGCCAGACGGUUUCCUAUCGAAGACGAAGCGGAUCUCGAACUGUACGCGCAUCGCGUCGCGAGUACUGUUGGAGAAUUAUGUCUGAGGCUCGUAUUUCAUCACAACACCACGAAGCUACCAAGCGACAAGGAAUCUAUUCUGGUAAUUGCCGCUCAUACGAUGGGACAUGCGUUGCAAUACGUCAAUGUCGCUCGCGAUACUUUGGUUGAUGCUGAAAUAGGCCGGGUCUACCUGCCAUCUAACUGGCUAAAGCAGGAGGAUCUAAUUCCUCAAGAUGUCGUAAAAACUCCAAAACAGCCGAAAGUAGAAAUGCUCAGGCAGAAGCUGCUAGACUGGGCGUUUAAAGAGUAUGGGCGAUCCCGAGACACUAUGAAUAUGCUUCCUCGCGAAGUUCGUGGUCCUCUGAUCGUGGCUGUCGAGAGUUACAUGGAAAUAGGCCGGGUUUUACGAGAAAGAACAGGCGUGCCUUCGAAAACUCGUAAGGGGCGGGCAACGGUAUCUCGAUCAAGACGAAUAUGGGUCGCAUGGAAGAAUCUUUCUGCUGCAUAGCGACCAUUCGGCUUCACCUUUCUAGUUUCAGCUAUUUACUUGCAUACAACCCCUAAUUCGGCAUGAUAGACAAUUUAUAGUUUAUAUAGAAGCACUGUCAUAAUAUUUAUGUAGUAUAAGGCAUAGACUACAUAAGGCACCCUAGUUUCUAGAUUCCAACUUUCGGCGCGAACACUGCUUGUCAUGCAAUAGAAGUUGUGGUCGUAUAUCGUAACUGCCAAGACGACUUCGCGAGAUACUGAUUUAUGA